GAACCCCGCGAUCAUUCCUUGACAGACUACUGGCGACUUUCCAGAAACCAGGACCACCACCAUCAGCUCAACGUCGACGGAAUCGAAAGACAUUGCACGGUCCCUUGAUGGGCGGGCAUCUGAAACCUAGACAGAUCCCCCCCAUGAGGGCUGUGUUUCGACCGAGCCCACGAAUGGGGUUGGGCGAAGAGGCAGGGAUUCAAACCACACGUCUCUCGCCACCCUUGUCUCAAUCCAUAAAAAAUCCACGCAAUCCAUUUCUCCGACCUAACACUCCUCCUUCCCAAUCAAGCGCUCUGUCUCAAAACCUUGAUCUCAUAACCACAAUCAGACCUGUCUUGAAUGCAGCUACUACGAAACCUUUCCUUCCCAUGACAUUCCUUCAAAACGAGGUCUCAUACGACCCGAUCACCACCUACCAUCCUUCGCCAGCUAUCUUACCUACAACACCGUCACCUUCGGCCUCUCAGGAGCCAUUCUUGCCUUUCCUAUCCACUUUUCAGGCGAAACCCGCCGUUGUGGCUUCAAGUGCCUCGUCCAGUUCAUCCUCGGCGAGCGACCUCUUUGCCACUCUUCCUCCACUUCCUUCAAACGCUAUCAUCUAUCGACCUGACGAUGAAACGCCCCGGAACAAGGGCUCAUUUCAAAAGGCCGCUGAACCGUUCCAAUUGGAACUGGGACAUUUCGCCAAGGGUAAUCAAAAGGACCCAAGACCUAUUGGUCAACAUUUUCCAGAACUAGCAACAAAUUUUUCCAGUAAACUUCAACUUUCUCCAGACGGACCCGAAUCCUCGUCGCAUUCAGCUACGAGAUUUAAGAAGUUCGAGCCUCACCAAUCUCCAAGGGAGAAAAAAGCUCCCAGUAAAUCUAAAGAUAUCUUAACUCAAACAAUUAUUGUGCGUCCUCACUUCAAUUCAGUCAUAGUUCACCCACCUAAAUUGCAAUCAGUCACGGAAAGCAACAGUCGUCCGCACUCUUUUCCUACUUUUGAGGGCGAAUUCUCGGGAGGAAACAGUGUCGUUCCGCCCCCGCUUCCUCCCCCUUCUUUGAAGAACCCACCUUUUAAACACAGUCUCUCAUCGUUCAAGAUGACAGAAGAUGACUUUGAAGUGUUUGAUUCCAUGCAAAAUCCCUUUUCCCGGCCUGAAUCGUCUCCUCAGCAUCUUUCCUUUUCGUCUUUGUUCCAAGAAAGUUCUCCUGUUUUAUCCUCACACCGUCCCCAAUUUAUUUCCCACUCAGGUCGUCAAGCCACUCGACAAGUGGUUGUUGAUGGAUUUCCCAAUGGAUUACCCCAAGGCACACCCAAAGGAGUGGCCAUCGCCUUAGCCAGUGCUCAAAACCUUGCCCCCGGAGAGAUGCCCCCAAUUCCCGGAGAGGCUGGUGUUGAUUACCCGGUCUUGACUGAAGUCCCCGAGACUGGAUUUGACUGCAAUGCUCAAACAUUCCCUGGAAUCUACGCCGACACUGGAGCUGAUUGUCAGGUGUUCUAUAUGUGUCAACCCAAUGGUAACUUCAAUGCCUUCCUUUGCCCCAAUGGGACAGUUUUUAACCAGCAAUAUUUCAUCUGUGAUUGGUGGUACAACUUCGACUGUGGAGAUGCGGAAAGCUUCUACGGACUCAACGAAUUCAUCUACCAAGAUCAGCCUGCCGGCAAUAACGCACAGGGCUCCGGUGGAAACAAUGGUUUCAGUGGUGGAUCGCUCAGUGGCAAUGUUAACAAUAACGGAGGAGGUGGCGGCGGUUUCGGUGGCGGAUCCAUCAAUGGCAACAACAAUAACAACGGAGGUGGCUUCGGCAAUAACGGAGGUGGAAACUUUGGCAACAACGGUGGAGGUGCCAUUUCCACCUACGGAUCAGCCACGAUCUAAUAAGGGUUCUUCUUCAACGGCCGGACCGGAUUGAAGAGCGAAGGAUCUUUCAAAUAGUGGACCUCUUUCAUCUCAGUAGCCAGUAAUCCUGUGAAUGCAAUGCAUUCAUUAUUCAUACACUCUUGCGCAAAAUAUUGGACAGGCUCACGCCUCUCCACUAGAUUGUUUUCUUGGCAAUAAAGAUCCUCAAAGAGUAAAAAAUGAA